AAAUAGAAGCGAGCGCCCCGGCUGCGGAGCUAAAACGCUGGGCUCGGGCUGCGCGUCGCGGGGCCACCAGUUUCCGCGCAGAGCCCUGGCCACCGCCAAGCCAUGGGCGCGCAGCGGGACAUCGGCACCUUCGUGGUGUGGGACUACGUGGUCUUCGCCGGCAUGCUGCUCAUCUCUGCCGCCAUCGGCAUCUACUACGCCUUCGCGGGGGGCGGCCAGCAGACCUCCAAGGACUUUCUGAUGGGCGGCCGCAGAAUGACCGCCGUGCCCGUGGCGCUAUCCCUCUCCGCCAGUUUCAUGUCCGCUGUCACGGUCCUGGGCACCCCCGCCGAGAUCUACCGUUUUGGGAUCAUGUACGGCAUCUUCGGCAUCACCUAUUUCUUUGUGGUGGUCAUCAGCGCAGAGGUCUUCCUGCCCGUGUUCUACAAACUGGGGAUCACCAGCACCUACGAGUAUUUAGAACUUCGAUUUAACAGAUGUGUUCGACUUUGUGGAACAGUCCUCUUCAUUGUUCAAACAAUCCUUUAUACUGGAAUUGUUAUUUAUGCUCCUGCCCUGGCUUUGAAUCAAGUCACAGGAUUUGAUCUGUGGGGCGCGGUAGUGGCAACUGGGGUGGUCUGCACAUUCUACUGCACGCUGGGUGGUCUUAAAGCAGUUAUCUGGACAGAUGUUUUUCAAGUUGGAAUCAUGAUAGCUGGAUUUGCAUCUGUGAUUAUACAGUCUGCAGUGAUUCAAGGUGGCAUCAAUGGGAUUUUAAGUGAUGCCUAUAAUGGUGGAAGAUUAAACUUCUGGAACUUUAAUCCUAACCCUCUGCAAAGACACACGUUCUGGACAAUUAUUAUAGGAGGGACUUUCACAUGGACCAGCAUCUACGGUACCAACCAGUCACAAGUACAAAGAUACAUUUCCUGUAAAAGCAGAUUCCAGGCAAAGCUGUCUCUCUACAUCAAUCUUGUGGGACUCUGGAUAAUCCUCGUCUGCUCAGUAUUUUGUGGGCUUGCCCUGUAUUCCAGGUACCAUGACUGUGACCCUUGGACAGCCAAGAAAGUGUCUGCAGCAGACCAGCUCAUGCCAUAUCUGGUACUGGAUAUUCUGCAAGAUUAUCCGGGAGUUCCUGGACUUUUUGUGGCCUGUGCUUACAGUGGAACACUGAGCACAGUGUCUUCCAGUAUUAAUGCCUUAGCAGCUGUAACUGUGGAAGAUCUGAUCAAGCCUCGCUUCCGGUCACUCUCAGAAAGGUCUCUGUCUUGGAUUUCCCAAGGAAUGAGUGUGCUGUAUGGAGCUCUGUGUAUUGGAAUGGCUGCUCUGGCUUCACUCAUGGGAACUUUGUUACAGGCAGCGCUCAGCAUAUUUGGCAUGGUUGGUGGACCACUGUUGGGCUUGUUUUCUUUGGGCAUUUUGGUUCCCUUUGCCAACUCAAUCGGAGCACUUUUGGGCCUCUUGGCUGGAUUUGCCAUUUCCUUAUGGGUUGGAAUUGGAGCUCAACUUUAUCCUCCACUUCCUGAGAGAACUCUGCCAUUACCUCUGGAAACCUAUGGCUGCAACAGCACGUACAAUAGGACAGAUUUGAUGACAGCCACUGCAAUGCCAUUUUCUACAAGUGCUUUUCAAGUACACAACAUUGAAAGGACUCCACUAAUGGAUAAUUGGUAUUCUUUAUCAUAUCUGUACUUCAGCACUCUUGGAACUUUGAUAACGAUAAUUGUGGGGAUGCUUAUCAGUUUAUCAACAGGGGGAAGAAAACAGAACUUAGACCCCAGAUUCUUACUAACCAAACAGGACUUUUUAUCCAAUUUUGAUAUUUUUAAAAAAAAGCAGCAUGAUAUAAGCUAUAAAUCUCAUCCAGUGGAGGAUCUUGGAACUGAUAAUCCUGCCUUCAACCAUAUUGAGUUGAACUUCACAGAUCAGCGGGGCAAGGUCAAUGGGACUCGCUUGUGAAACACCUCCAAAGCAAGACGAUUUGAAAUGAUGCCUCAAUUCUAUGUUUUCUAGGAUAUUUAGAUCAGAUUUAGAUCUAUCUGUCUUUCUUUUGUCUGUCAUGUUAUGGGGCAAUGCAUUUUUGUUAAAGAGAAGUCCUAACUUUCUUCUCUUUCUAUACUGAUUCAUUGAUGCUACUCUGGAGUCAAGAGUUUCAGCAUCAGCAUUUCUCACUUUUAUUUCAAUGAAGAUACGGUCGUGAAAGUUAUGACUACAUAUAGGCUGGAAGGCUAAUACACACAUGUAUCUGUGUUACUUGUUGGCCAAAGGCAUGUUUUUUUGGGCAUUAUUGAAAAUAUUUUCCGUGCCUUUAGUGCUAGCAUGUAAGCUUUGGAUUCACUGAAGUCGUAAUUAAUAUUGAAAAGAACUAUUCUCCCUUCUACCACUCUAUUUGUAGAGAGCAAUGAAGUGAUAAAUCUGUCUUGUUUAAAUCUUUGCUUUUUAUCCUGGUUCAGCCCAGAACUCAUAGUAGCUUUGGAACUGAUUUUGGCUCAGGAAGGUGAUCAAGAAGUGACUUGUCUGAGACAGAACAGGGACCCAGUGAUCAAGGUCUUCUUGCAUCUAUUCUUGUGCCUUUGGGUUUAUUUCUGAGAUUCCUGGCCUUUGGCUACUUCUCUCUAUUGCUUUUCUUAAACUAUAGCUCUUGGAUUCUGAACCUCUGACUGUGAUUUUGUUGGUGGCGUCACUGGUGCCUGCCUUCCUGGAUUCCUGUUGGCUCUAUUGUCCUGGGCUUGGACAUAUCUUGAGACACCUAACAUGAAUUAUGCCACCCCAGCCCCCAGUUCACAAAGUCCUAGCCUAUAAAUUAUAAACCCCCAUGAGCCUGGUACUGACUAAAGUACUUUUGACAUAGGUACUUUGGGAUUUGAUAAUCUGAGAAUGUUAUAUUUUAAAAAAUGAUUAAAUUAUGUGGAGUUAGAUAAUUACACUUCAGGCUAUUAAGUUUUGAAUUUUUGAGUAUCAACUAAUUUGCAGUCAAUUAAAUUGAUCAAAGGCACAUAUGCUUAGAAAUCUCAAAAUUCUAGUGUAUAGUUAAAAAGCUAAAUUAUAGAUAACUAUGACUAUAUUUCUAAGCUAUGAAUCUCAUCCAUCUAGUUCUAGAUUUACCAUAUGUCAUUUGCUUUAUGUUUUAAAAUUUCAAGUUUCAAAUUUGCUUAGCUGUUUAUUUUGCUAUGUCUUGUUACAUGAUUUCAUCAAUAACUUACUUUUUUCUACAUUACCCAUAUUAGAUACUGUUUAAGAGUUUAAUGUUUUCUUCAAUUUUUUACAAAAAAUGACAGAAAUACUUAGAUAAAUACAAAUGUUUUUUUAAUUCAAUAAUUUCAUGAUUAUUUUCUGAUCUAUCUUGUUUAGGAAGCCAUGUCCUGUAAAUUUAGGGUUGCUAGCUGACAUUAAAAUAUGUGUAAAAUAGGAAGUUUUUCAUUUAUCUAAAAUAAAGAGGUUCAUAUCACAUUUAAAUUAACUAUACAUUUAUAAAUCUCUUAUGUAUUUAGAUACUAUUUUUUAAUUCCUGUAUUUGAAAGCUAACAUCAAGCUUUGUGAAUCUAUAAUGUUUUAAGGAGUAAGAAGACUUGAUCUUGUUUGUUUCAUGCUACUUUGAUGGUUAUUUAAGAAUUUUAAAUGCAUAUGUAUGUAGCAUGCUUCAGUUUUGGAAAUCAAAAUCGGAUUAUAUAAGUGACUUUUUCUUUUCUCUGACUGUGAAGGGGUUAUGCAAUAUAUUCUUAAUAAGAAAUAUAAUACAUCCAUUCUUGUCCACUUUCCUUAUGGCAAAAUAUAUCUUUGUGACAUUUGGAAAUUUCACUUUUACUUUCACAAACACAUAAGAGUGCCAGAUAAAAUUCUGAAGACAAUAAAGUGAUAUUAUGAAUUUAAAAUAAUUUAUCUUAAUUUCUAAAUUUUAGAAUAGAACCAUAAAGGGGGAAAUGUUAAUAUAUUGUGAUAUAAAGUAAGUAGUGUUUUACUGUUAGUUAUUUUGAGUCACAAACCUUAAUGGGAGGAAAAGCCACAUGGGUUGUCUGUCAAUAUAUGUUGCUGCUGUCAAGUUGCAUAUCUUUGAAUUUAUACUUCACCCCCUCAAAUGAUGGUACAUAGCAUUAAACUUCUGCCUACCUCACAGAAAUAAUGUGAGUGUAAAAGAUCUGCUGGAUCUCUUUGGCAGAAUAGCACUUUUAUUAAUUCAAAUAGUUACUUGAUAUUUUAAUAUUUGGGGGCAUGAAAUUUGAGACUAGAGUCAUUUGCCAGUUUUUUUUAAAUUGCACUGCUAAUAAUUUGCAUUAUCAUGAUGUAGACACAGGGCCUUCUUUAAAAAAAUGUGUACCAGAGGAAUAUUAAAAAAUAUUUAGGAAUCAGCAGGAUUAUUCCAAUAGAUAGGACAAUGUAGAUCAGUCCUAUUCACUCUGCAGAGAAAUGGAAAUUAUACAGGUAAAAUGUGAAACAGCAUAAAUUCAUAUUCAUCUGUUUAGUUGCUUAUGCAAUCAUUUUCUUUCUGUGCCAGUAGCUCUCAACCAGGGCCAUUUGGAAAUAUCUGGAGACAUUUUUUUGUUGGCCACAUGGAGGAAGAGAUGCCACUGGUAUCUAGUAGGUGGAAUUCAGGGAUAUUGUAAGCAUCCUAGGAACUAGGGUGGCUUCUCUCCCUUCAACCAAAACUCACUGAGCCCAAGAUGUCCAUAGUGUGUGGUUUGAGAAACCCCACCAUGGAGGCUGACAUUGGCUUUUCUGAAGUCCCAGUCUGGUUGUGCUGCUUCAGAAAUGUGGCCUGACAUUUCUAUCUGAACGUUCUCCUCCACAGGUAAAGUUGAAAAUACCACUAGCAUGUGGUAUUUUGUUAUAAUGCAGAAUAAUGACCUCAUAUUUUCACAGCAUUUAAAAAAUUAAGGACUAUAGUAUUGUGAAUAGCUAUUUAAACCAGUCAUAUAACAGUUUAGCUCCUCUCCAUGGUUUCUCAAAUUUUGACAAGCAUCAAGAUGAAGGAAAUAUUGAAUGUAUGAAUAUAAGAAUUUCAUUAUUUUAUUUUAUUUAUGAAAACCACAGAAAACAUAGUUUGUUCCUUUUCUUUAAAAAAACUGAGUAUUCAUAAUAUAGAUACAUGGGAUAGGGUGGGGUUGAUAUGGGUUGAGUAACUCUGAAUUGAUUGUUAAGGGAAAUUCUGAGUUUUCCCAUAAAGAUUAUUGAUAAAGAACCAAUUGAGAGUCUGGGGCUGUAACUCAGAGGUAUAGGGCAUGUGUAGCAUAUGUGACGCCCAGGGUUUGAUCCCCAGCAAAAAGAAAAAUGUCAGCUAAGUGCAUUAUCAUUUAGUUACUGAAAAUUCAUGGUAUGCUGUUAGAUUUUGUACCUAUUGCUUAUGACAACCUUGAGAGAGUUGAAUAUUACACUGUAUAACAGUUGAAAAUCUGAUUUUUCAGUUUGCUUUUUGAACUCUGCCAGAUUGAAUAUAAUUAAUCUUAUCAGCCUUUACAAAAAGAUUUUUUUUCUACUCUAUUUACCGCAAAAGGGCUUUUCCUAAAUGCUGUAUAUAAAUUAUAAAAGUGUAAGCAAAUAAACAUGGAGGACUUUUGUCAUUAAAGAAUAUUUUAUAUUUUAAAUAAUUAAUGCUGUAUUUGAAAAUAAAAGUGCUGUUGGUUUGGGUAUUCCUCAGAGAGGUCCAUGAUUGAAAUUUUAAUCUGCAAGGUGACCCUAUUGGAAAGUAGUAUGAUAUUUGGGAAGUGGGUCUUAGUGGUGAUCCUUAGGUCAUUGAGGAUAGCCCUCAAAAGGGAUAGUUAGAUGCCACCUUUUACUGUCCUCUCAUUCAAAAUGUGACCAUUUGCUCCUACAUGUACUCCCACUAUGAUGUACUACCCUCACCAGAGGCCAAACUAAUGGGACUACCCAAACUUGAACUUGAACCACCAAAUCCAAACUGAGCUAGCUAACUCUUUUUAUAAAGUUAAUUACCUUGGGUGUUUCAUGGUGAUAAUAUGAAGUAGACUGAUACAAGAAAGUACAAGAUAAAGCACUAAAAUAGUAACAUUUUUUUCUGUUCCCAUUCAGAUUUUUAAUUGGGGGUAAUUUAAAAAUGGAUCCAAAUAAUUGUUGAUGAUAUCAGGACUUUGCAUUAGAAACAGAAACUCUUAAUCUGAACAUUUUUCUUCCUCUUGAAAAAAAAUAUUAACUUGAAGUUUCAAAUUUACAUUCUUUUAAUCUCAAGAUAAAAUUUGUAUUUGUGGGGUAUAAAAUCAAAUGGAGAGCUAAGCUAAUGAUUCAGGUACCAAAGAUGAGCUUGUUUCUUUCCAAUCACCCAAUUUGGAGACGUAUAAUAAAAGAAGCAAUUGCCACAUUUCCUCUUUGGCAAGAAAUGUUCACUUCUCUAAUGUGCCUAUUGUUCAUAUAAUUAAAAGUACGUAUGAACCUGUAAUAAUCCCACCAUUAUGUAUAAUUGUAAUGCACCAAUA